AUGAGUUUGAUAAAAGAGGCUAAGUACUUAGUUAUUGGUGGAGGAAUUGCUGGGGUAACGUGUACUGAAACGCUUUCUGCAUUGUGCCCUGAAGAAACAAUUAUCCUAUUGACAGCUUCACCACUUAUUAAGGCUGUCACUAACUUUAAUCAGGACGGAACAGGUUGGCCCGGCACCGCCUACUUCCGGAAACACUCCUCAGCUUCACGACAGCUACAAUCCAGCUACAAAAAACUCCACAGAUCUUUGCACUCAAAUGUUCCAACACCGCCUCGUAGUUCGCUACACACAACUCUCUCGAGUGGUCUCCCGCCGUCACAUUUAUCCCAGCGAACACCAACCAAUUUGCAUACGCCCAAGUUCUCCUCUCGCCAAUCCUCGCGGCUACGAGAUCGCGUUUCCAUAAGUCCGACUCACCGUAAUGGUGGUGUUUCUUUCUUUGGACCAAUUACUGCCCUACACGCCAGACACAAACAAACCCUCUUAUGCCGAGAACUGAGAUCUUUGCACUCAAAUGUUCCAACACCGCCUCGUAGUUCGCUACACACAACUCUCUCGAGUGGUCUCCCGCGUCACAUUUAUCCCAGCGAACACCAACCAAUUUGCAUACGCCCAAGUUCUCCUCUCGCCAAUCCUCGCUAUGCUCACGAGAUCGCGUUUUCAUAA